CGACAAUUUGCUUGGUUGAGCUUCCAUCAAACACCACAAGCUCACGACUCAUCAAGCAAUCCCGACGCUCGUCUAGCCCCUCAAUUGACUGUGUUCAACACUCGCCGGGCAGUCGAUUGAUCUUUUGACAUCUUUGACUUUUUUUUCUCUCUACGGUCUUUUCUCACAAACCCAGCCGCCCACGAAAAUGUCCCGCUACUUGCGACCGGCAGUCCGUAUGGCUGCUACGGCAGCCCGCGCCCCGGCACUCAGAUCUUCGACUGGCACGUCGUCAUUAAUAGGCUCGCAAAGGUCUGCUGCCUUCCGCCCGGCAGUUUCGAUGCAGCAGAGGUGGGCAUCGUCGGGAACCAAGGAGUACACAGUCCGUGAGGCGCUCAACGAGGCGCUCGUCGAGGAGCUUGAGGCCAACGACAAGGUCUUUGUCAUGGGAGAGGAGGUCGCUCAGUACAACGGUGCAUACAAGGUCACCAAGGGCUUGCUUGAUAGGUUCGGUGAGCGCAGGAUUAUCGAUACCCCCAUCACUGAGAUGGGUUUCACUGGUCUGGCCGUUGGUGCUGCCCUCAGUGGUCUGCACCCUGUCUGCGAAUUCAUGACGUACAACUUCGCCAUGCAAUCUAUUGACCACAUCGUCAACUCGGCCGCCAAGACCCUCUACAUGUCCGGUGGUAUCCAGCCCUGCAACAUCACCUUCCGUGGCCCCAACGGUUUCGCUGCCGGUGUCGGUGCUCAGCACUCGCAGGACUACAGCGCUUGGUACGGCAGCAUCCCCGGUCUGAAGGUCGUCUCUCCUUGGUCGGCUGAGGACGCCAAGGGUCUGCUCAAGGCUGCCAUCCGCGACCCGAACCCCGUCGUCGUCCUCGAGAACGAGCUCAUGUACGGCCAGAGCUUCCCCAUGUCUGAGGCUGCGCAGAAGGACGACUUCGUUAUCCCCUUCGGCAAGGCCAAGAUCGAGCGCCAAGGCAAGGACCUGACCAUCGUCACCCUUUCGCGCUGCGUCGGCCAGUCGCUCGUCGCGGCCGAGAACCUGAAGAAGAAGUACGGAGUCGAGGUUGAGGUCAUCAACCUGAGGUCCAUCAAGCCCCUUGACGUCAACACCAUCGUCCAGUCGGUCAAGAAGACCCACCGCCUCAUGUCGGUCGAGUCUGGCUUCCCGGCCUUCGGUGUUGGUUCCGAGAUCCUGGCCUUGACGAUGGAGUACGCCUUUGACUACCUUGACGCUCCUGCCCAGCGUGUCACUGGUGCCGACGUGCCCACUCCUUAUGCCCAGAAGCUCGAGGAGAUGAGCUUCCCCACCGAGCAGAUCAUUGAGGAGCACGCUGCCAAGAUGCUGAAGCUGUAAAUGGUGAGGCACUUGGUGGUUUGGAAACGAAUAAAGGCAGACCUGAUGUACGAAUAAUCCAAUAACUUUAACCGAACAAAGCCAACGGGCGCGUACGUGUUUUUUUUCUGCCGAGAGGAAAGAAAAUCUAGCAAAGCUUUUUAGCAGUCAACUUCCUUGACACAAUUUUUUUUUUUUUUCUGUCUUGUUCUUUAGGGGGAAACUUAUAGACACGCAUUUUGCCCUUUGCAUGGCGGGCUUGGCCAUGUUUGUAUUCUAAAAACGCACUACCGGGCAGGCGGUGUUUCCAUGUCAAGUCCAGUCUUCUAUCUUGAGCGUCUUUCUACUAAUUUGCGUACUAAGUCUCUUUUUUCCCGUACCGGGUCCUACAUCCACAAGGGUUGUCCUAUGUUUGAGCAGCUCAUUGGACGAGUUGACAGGCAAUGUGGUACGGUAUCUGGUGGGACGAAAAAAAAGUAACAUCCGCACGCAUGUUUUUUAUUCGUUGACUUACUUCAAAUGAACAGUCUGCCUUAGUCUUCAGCCGCAACUAAAGAGAGUGAGUAUACUUGACGAUCUGCGGACGAGGCUAAUCGUCUUUUCCCAGCUCUACUGGCCUCGCAGUCACAGUAUAUAUGUAGGAAGGAAUUAUGUUGUUUUCAUACUUGACAAUUGACAGAUACAAUAGAAUACAGAGGUUUUACAACAAAGGGAGGAGUGAACCCCCUUUGUAAACCCAGCACCUUGGCCAUUUCUCUUUUUCUCUCUUAUCUCUUUUUGUUUUCCUCAGAAGAUGCCAAACCCGCCUAGGUUCAAGAACCCAGCCCAGGGCCUGUCGCCACCGAACCCAAACGGCGUGCUGAUGAAAGGAGUGUGGAUGUGGUUGAUGCGCGGCCUGCCGUCGUCGCGGCCGUCAUCCCAAUACCUGUCGCCGUUGGCCCUGUCGUCCCGGUACCGAUGAUAAUCCCGACUGCGGCCGCCCUCGUCCCGCCAGUCGCGUCCGUUGACGGUGAUGGACGGACCACCGGACCCUCCAAAGCCGAAUCCCCCCGUGCCGAUGUUGAUGGAGACGUUGGAGUAGUCGCGGACGCGAGAGGAGGAUGUGUUUUGGUAGUCUGCGUCGUUGUAGGAAUAUUGCUGCUGCUGCUGCUGCUGUCUUUGCGAUCCGGCCCGAGGUCUGCUCUGCGGCUGGGGCUCGCUCGGCUGGCGUCUCCUCGUGCCCUGGAACGGACCCUGCGGCAUCUUGGGAGAGGUGCGCGUCUGCGGGGCCUCCUUGGGAGGGGUUGGCGGACGCUGUUGCUGUUGCUGUGGUUGUUGUUGGGACCGUGGUUUUGUAGUGUUGGCGGUAGCGCCGUCGUUUGAAAAGUAGUAGCUCGGAAAGGCGGAUGCGACAGGUUCUUGUCGGCCGCUAGUGUAGCGGGAUGACGAUUUGUUGAAGUUGUUCCUGUACUGGCCGCGAGCGGCGUUGUCGUCGUCCGAAUAGUCCUGCGGCGGCGUCGGUGGGGCGCGCGGCUGCUGGGCUGCUG